AGAGAGAGAGAGAGGCAGAGAGAGGGAGAGAGAGGGGGGUUACUUGAGGAACUGUCGGCGACUUAACGAAAAGAAAGAUACUGAAGCGAAUUCAGCUUUUUGCUUUGAGUGUUCACGACAGAAAGAAAAGAGAGCACCCAGGGAAAGAGAAAAAAACACACAUACAAGGAGACUUGGCUGAUGCAUCUCGGCGAGAGCAUCCAUUUCACGGCGAUUACUGUUUGAAGCGGAGGAGACGGUGCGCAUUUCUCUGAGAACCACGGUGAUCUUCUUUCCUCCGAAGUCAGUUUCCUAGAGCGGCUGGCGGGCGGAAAGACACUUCUCUCCCCCCCCCCCUCCUCCCUACGUUUAUCGACACAGACAGUAUUUCAUAACAAGCCUGUUUUACUUGGAGCCAAAACCAGGUCGACCGCAGUUCCAUCAGGUUUCGCUCCCGCAUCUUUCUUUGUGGAGUGGAAUUUGCGGUCCGCAGCGCAAAACGCAAAAGAAGAAAAAAAAAAAAAAAAAAAAAGAAGGAAUAUCAGACGGUUCAAGUUUUCCUGGAAGUUGCGCAGUGACAGAAAAACAUGGGAAUUUGUGGCCAUUUGGCGGUGCCCGGGAAAUGCCUUGUUGUCCUCGGACUUAAAUUGUUAUUCCUUGUACCUGCAGGAGUUCCGGCCAGAAGCGGGGAUUCUGUAUUAAAGGACAACAUCACCGUCAGACAGGGGGACAGCGCCGUCUUAAAAUGCACCGUGGACAGCAAAGUAUCACGAGUGGCGUGGCUCAAUCGCACCACCAUUCUGUUUGCGGGAACUGAGAAGUGGUCUCUGGAUCCUCGUGUCAUCCUGAUGGAGAACACGGGCAUCACAGAGUACAGCAUCGAGAUCCAAAACGUCGACGUCCAUGACGAGGGGCCCUACGUCUGCUCCAUCCUCACAAACAAGAAACCAAAAUCCACAAAAGUGCAUCUCAUCGUUCAAGUGCCCGCCAGGAUCACUAACAUAUCAAAGGACAUCACAGUGAACGAGGGCAGCAACGUUGAUCUAAUGUGCCUGGCGGUCGGUCGACCUGAGGCCAACAUCAUAUGGAAGCAUCAUUCACCAAGAGGCACCCAUAAAUUUGUGACAGAGGGGGAACAUCUGGAACUGACAGCUGUCACCAAAGAGGAGUCAGGAUCAUACGAAUGCAUUGCUUCUAAUGACAUCUCAAGCCCUGACAUCAGGACAGUGCAAGUCAUCGUCAACUAUCCUCCCUUCAUUUCUAAGGCACGGAGUACAGGUACUCCAGUUGGACAGAAAGGAGUCCUGCAAUGCGAAGCCUCUGCCGUCCCGAGGGCAGAUUUUGAGUGGUACAAAGAAGACCGCAGGCUCUUCAACGGACUAAACGGAGUUAAGAUAGAGAAUCAAGGUAAACAGUCAAUGCUCGUCUUUUUCAACGUCUCAGAAGAGGACUAUGGAAACUACACUUGCGUUGCCAUGAACACCAUGGGAAUGACUAAUGCCAGCAUAAUCCUUUAUGGUCCUGGUGCGAUGCAUGAUGUGAACGGGGCUGCGGUGUUACCCCGUUGCUCCGUAUGUCUCCUGCUGACUGUAACCUUACUCCACCUGCUGAAGUUCUGAUGUGAAAUGUGACAACCUCCAAGCUUCUCUCAGCAUUGAACAGCAAGAACAGACUAUUAGUCCUAUGGAAAUCCAAGAGCGCCAGUGGUUCACCUUUAGUUAUCUUUCGUUUUUCUUUCUGGCUUUGCAGCAGAGUCUGUUCUCUGUCGGCUCGCCAACAGUGAGAGGCAUCAAUCCAAGAAGGGGAAAAUUUGAAUCAUGCACUAAUUUGAUGAUGGUAGAACUACAGAGUUUGUGUCUCCCCAAAACCUUUUUGUAUGUGGAAAGGGAAAAAGAAAAAAAUACAUGUAACUGUUGAUAGUUGACUGUUUAUUGCCCAAUAUUGAAGUGUACAUUCAGAUUAUUAUUAUUGUGUCACGUCCUGUUCAAUAUCUGUACAAUACCAUUAAGCUUUUUUUAAGUAAACAACAAAAAAAGGGAAAAAAAAUGCAAUGUGAUUGUUGAAUUUUACUGUAUUUUUACAGUUGUAUGCAAAACAGAAUAACAGAUCAUUCAUGGUAAACAGUUCAGAAUAAUAAAUAGUACACCAUGAUUUCUCAGGCAAUGUCCUACAUCAUAGUGCAUCCAAUUUUCUUUUUUUCAUUUCUACUAUAGUGUGUGUAGAAAAUGUACAAAUGUGUACAGAAAAUUCCUGCAGUUGUUUUUUCCAAAAUGCAUACACUUAUCAAAAUGGCAUUUCUGAAACACCUAGUCAUAGCAGCUUCAUGGCAUAUUCAUACUCAUAUCUCAAAUAAGAUUUUCAGACUCGAAACAUGUAUGUUAAGUAUGAUUUAGGACAGAGGUGUCGGUCAGUGUGCCACUUCAUUCUCUCCGGUAACCAAUUAAAUUAAAACUUGUUUAACAAAUAGUACUGAUGGUGUCAAUAACGGUCAUGUUAGUGAGUGGUCUAAUUAGCAACUUGGCACUGAACUGAUUUUCCCCUAAGUGCUGUUAAUUUAGAAAACUAAAUUUAAUUUGUAACUACAUAUUCCUCAAACACCUGAUGAUAUUUUUAGCUUUCACAGUCUUGCUUUAAAGUUGCAACUUGUGUAAUUUAACCUGAUGGUAAAUUAUCAAGUUAUCUCAAAAAUCAGCAAAAGUACAUUCAUAUUUAAUAUACAGCCUUUACAGUGAGUUUCUCAGGCAGCCACAGUGGUCCUCAAGUUUUCUCGGUUGAGCAGUGGACUUUUAUGCAAUUGAGGCUUUUUGUUUGGAUUUGCGGAACCAAACAGGUGACAGCUUAUCACAAAUCAUGUUGGGGUUAAUCGUUUUUUAUUUGAUUGUUUGUUUCUGUUGAUCUGCAAGUAAGAAAUAAAUGGUCCAGUACUUUAUGAUAAAUGGUUGUCUUGUUUAACAUAUGUCAUAGCAUUAAAAUCCAAAAUAUCUCUUAAUGUCCAUACAUAUACAUACACAUAAAAAGUAUCUACUACCAAUAAGUGAGAACUUGCAAUCUUAUUCACUAAAAUUUAGUCCAUUUGUUUUCAUUCAUAUCUAUGUUUUUAUUUUAUUUUUUUUUAUUAAUUAUUUUUAUUUUUGCUUUAUUUUGCAUAAUAAAAGCAGACAUUAUAUUCAGUGUGAUAAAUUACAUAAAACCUUUGUUGAUUCUCGUCUGUAAAUUGAGUUUAGCAUAGCAAUGAAUUAAGACAGUACAAAAAUAGUGGUAUGUUCCUUUAAUUAGCUCCUACACAUAUUCAAUAUAUAAAUUAAUGGUCAUGUUUUAUAUUCAGACAAGCUCUGUCAGUCAACUAGAAAAAAAAGGUGUUUUAUCAUGUUUAUCUCUGAGGUAUUAAAUUGUUUUAAUUUGAAUGUGAAGUGGUGGAGUAGCUGAAUAAACUGGUUUGAUUUAGAAUCACAUUUCUUCAAUUAAAAUACGUCUGUGGAGGCUGAGGUGUUUUUGACAAUUUCAUCUAAAAGAAAAAAAAAAAGAAAGAAAAUGAUGCACAGCUCCAGUCCACAUCCAAGCCACAGAUGACAAGCAGGAAAAUCUAAUGAAUGACAGGACAACUUGGAUGAAUGUUCCGUGCAGCUGCUAUGAAGCUUUUUCCAGGUGUUAUGAAUGUUGGUUUUUAACCUGGUUUGCCCCGAGAUAAACGGCAGCCGCUGUUCUCAAGACUUGCAGGAGUGACUGUUGUGUUCUGUGGUCGGUGGAUGCAUUUUCACGGGAUACUUUUCAGUCUGCCUUGCGCAGAAAUUUUCCAGUGAUGAGAAUAUACUUGCAGCACAAGUGAUUGAUAAUGUGAUGUUCUGCUAUUGUCCAGUUCACUCCUGUGCAUACCUAUAAGUAAGAAGUGUGUUGAAGACAAAACAAAAAGGCUGAGAUUGAUGUAUGUGGGAAUGCUUUCGUUGUACUCACGUUCAGUUAUGUGCUUGUGAUGAUGGUGAACCAGUCGGAUGCGGACUAUGUCACAGGAUGUGAUUUCACUUCUUAGGGGUUUGCAAAACAACACAGACAGGUGAGAUUCAGAUGCCUGCAAAAACUAAAGUUAAUGUAACGCUUUUCAUCCCAGAUAGAUGAACGUGAUAAAUAUUGAUGUCAAUAAGCUUGAAUCAGUUUGUUUAAAAUCCUCAUUAAAACAGAACUGAUACUGGAAUUUAGUUAAGGCGUAUUUUUGCAUAUAACAACAACAUUGUCUGUUUAUGGUUUUGAGGAUUUUAUAUUUAUGUGUUGCACAUUAUCUUCAAACAUCCUAAUGCAUAAUUCUCUGGGCAUUUUAAAGUUUGCAGUAUUUGCAAUUCGGUUGUCUUUUUUUAUCCUAAACAGUUAAGUUUAUACUGUAUGAUUCCACUGAUGGCUGCAUUGUUGACCUGUUUUAUAUGUUUUCUGACCUUACUGGAGGUUCAACAUACAGUAGUCACAAUUGCGGUAUAUAGUCAAUGUAUCAUUUGAUUGCGAGAUUGCCAAAUUGUCCAUAAACUGCUUAAAUGUGAAUUCAAGUUGCCAAUCAUUUGUUCUGACUAUGAGCCAAUACAGUUUUUUUUUUUUGAAGCUGCACUAAUCAAUAUUUUAACAAUGGAUAAACUGAUUACAUGUCAUGUUGAAGAUGUCACAUGUAGUGACGAACCCACAGAGAAUUAUCAGUUCAAACUUUGCAGUUCAUCUCACUGUGCAGGGCAUUUACUAGCAUUCACCUAAUUGUUUUGAUUAUGUGGCCCACAGCUUUAGCUUUUAGCUUGGUAUUAAAAAGGCCUUGCUAAGUUGAUGACUCUCUGUUCAGCACCAAAGACCAAACAGACAAACAAAGUUAGCAACUAGCUUACUAUCUGGUGAGCAUUAGCUGAGCAUUUAAGAGUGAUAGUUUUUCUCAGGAGUUGGUGGAGACCAAACCAAAGCUAAAAGGACAGUAAAUACUGGAUGUAACAGUUGUCAGGUGACCAGAAACAUGUCUCCAAAUGAAUUAUGACAAUGUUUCUCAUGUCUGCUUGAUGUGUAAAUACUCAAGCCACUCCAAUUCAUUAUAUUUAUAGGGCAAAAGUGUUGAUCAAAAAACUUACAUAAAAUGGUUAUUAACUUUAACAGACCAAAUUAAAGUAAUCAUGUAGUUGAUAGUAAUAAUUAAGGAUACUCAAUAUAGUUGUAAAAAUAUGGAUCUUAAGCAGGGGUGGACUGAAACAAUAAUUUAGGCCGAGAAUUUGACUCCAUCCCAGCCAACAGGUUCAAACAAACCACCAGACCGGUAAUUGUGAAGGCUAACCAAUGUAACAGGUACCAGACUACUUAUAAAUUUGGCCGCUAUGAUUAAAUGGGAGGGAAGUUAUGCAGAUUACAAAAUACAAGAAAUUGGGACAACACAGAAUAUGAAAUCUAGAAUGGCACUCAGUAGAAUGCAUCCCUCUGCCAAGGCAAAAUUCCUGUUCGCUGCAUUAUGUCUGGUCAAGUUGACUGUCCACAGCUGGCCAAAAUGACCUGUCACGCCAUAAGGAAAUAUCCCAGGCCGUCUGCAACUGGUCUUAAGAAGGGAUUUAAAAUGACACCAGAUUUGACAGUGAAAGUUAUCUUUGGACUUUUACUGUGGGUGUGGAAUGGUGAGGAGUAUCUGAUCAGAGGAAGAACCUUGUGGGACACCACAAGAGAAAGAGGAUGAAGAAUGAUCAGUCAUUACUGAAACUGAUCAAAGCUGCGAUUAAGAAACAAAUCAGUCCAAUGCUUUACCCUAAAAAGUUUGCUUUAUCAUUGAUAUGAUACAAGAGUACAAACAUAUCAUAUAAUCAUAUAACAUAUAGUUCAUACUUUGGUUAAUCUUUUUUCUUGACAUAAUAGAAGAAUAAUCUGAUUUAAUACCCACAAGUGGCCAGAAAAAAAUCUAUUUCUACAGCUAAAGAAAAAAAAAGAUUAUUUUAAAACAUAGAAUUAACAGGUAUGAUAGGAAGAGCAAGAUAAUCCGCUAACAGAUGUGAACUGUGCUCAAACCUGCACCAGUCUCAAUUAGGUUAACCAAUCCAAUAUAAUGAAAAAUAAUAUAUUUUGUUUCUUUAUUCAGGAAUUAACCUGGCAGAUCUACAUUAAAUCCCAUAACAAAGAGGGAACUAUUCCUGUCAUUCCUGUCAGUACUACCUCUGCAUACCCAAGUCUCUUUUUUUCCGCCCUAUUCUUAACAAACAAGAAUAUUCAGUGUCACUGCUGUCAGAGCUGAUAGGAUUCAUACAGUCUCAGGACAAUGACAUCAAAAUCUGCAUGUGUUAGAUCUGGGUCUCAUUGCAGUAUAACCUCCUUAUCAGAGCAAUGCUGUAAAAAAGAGCAAAAAUAUGGGGCAAGUGUGGUACCUGUGGUGUCAGUCAAGCUGCAUGUUAGCUCUUUAAAUGAAUGGCAGCAGAUGCACUCCAGUGACAGAUCUGUGAGAUAUUAAUGCAAAUUCUUGCCUCAAGGUUUUGGGUGUAUGAAUACUGUUCCUGCAACUACCACAACUUAUAAGUCACCAGUGUGAUUACAUUGCUGCUGAUCCUCUCCAAGUUGAAAAGAACAUAUUUUAUUUUCAUAUUGAAAUGAAUGAAAUACCCAGACAUUCUAUUCUGAAAAAGAUUCCUGACAUGAAAUCUUUUAAAACUAUAUGACAGCACAAUGAGCUUGAAGAGCUAACCUGCCAGUAGUCACACAUUAUGAUGAACACCAACAAUGUUCCAAUUACAAUAACUCUAUAGCUUCUCUGAAAAGGGAAUAAAAGCCCUUUUUUUGUCUUUAGCUCAGACCAAAGUCAGCGGGGAAGAAGGAAAAAAAGUGAUUUUGCUUUUAUAGAUAUCGCCUAUAACCAGUCCAGUGUAAUGAAACAAUAUCUUUUUGAGUGGCCUUUGUAUUUCAUAAGUCUUGUAAAAAUGUCCUCAUGAAGGUUGACAUUUUUAAAAAUAACAGUAUUACUUUGCUCUUUCAUCUCUCACAAUCUCCAUUCGCCUUUGUCACAAAUGCAUCAGCAAAACACAGGUUGUCUUUCAGAUAUCAUAAAUUCGAUGAUAUCUGCAGACAGGUGUAAUGCACACUUCAAGCAUCUGGACUGAUGAAUCAUUAAUCAACCAGAACUUUAUUUUUUCACUGCUUUGUCCUCAAAUGCCCCGAUUGUCAUAAAAAGAUAAGAAAAACGUAACUAAAUCGAUUUAAAAUGACCUUAAAGGAGCUGUUUAUCAGUUUUGCUAUUGCUACGUAGCCAACUUUAGCAUUAAAAGCUGUUUACCUAUCAGUCUAGAAGAAACAUUACUCCAAUGGUGGAAAGUACCACCAAUGUUAACCUCUUAUCUCUAUCAAGUCUUUUCUUCUAAUAAAGUUAGUAUGCUAGCACUAACCAGCUUGUCUCAUCACUUCCCAAUAGCAACUCACUGUAGCCUCUACUCUAACCUGAAGACUUAGCACUAUUGAGAGUGGGUAUUAUAUAACCAAUGAUAGCCAAAGCUCUUGUCAAGCGACAAUCACCACCACCUGUUCCUGACAAACUGUGUUGCACCUUCAAAAUCGGCCUCUAGUUUUUCCUAUUAAUUUUUCAAGUUUAGUUUGCUAUUGCACUUGGCAGAUUGACAAAAACACCACAUGUAAAAAAUAAGGUGUCAGAAUGUGAAGGGAAGACUGGUCUUUGUGCUAACAUUCCAACAACAUGAUUAAGUCCAACUUUCUGAUGCCUUCUGUCUGUUACCAAAACUGAGGCAUCUUUCAGUCAUCAGUUUUUUGUUGGUUUUGUUUUCUGUCUCACCAUCAUUUUUAACCUUGUAUUUACCUUAUGUAUUUCAUAACAAAGUUCUCCUCAACAUCUACAGUCAUAUGACCUCCAUAACCAUAAAAUUAGAUUUUGAUCUCAACUUUCUGCUUUCUGCAUAAAUAAUAAGCCACAGUAAUCCAAAUACAACUCUGCACAUGUCACUGGCCUUUACUCCAACACACAAACAUUGAUCAAUUUGUAAUAGUCAACCUCACAAAUCUGAUGAAUGUAUUUUUGUGAAUGGAUUAUUUGGCUUCAAGUGGCAGGUGUCAUACGAGAUGAAUCCAUGUUUGUGAGCUGUAGGUGAACCAAGGGAUGCAGGACAUUAUUUGCAAAGAAAACGAGAAUGUGAUGAUGUAUUUACCAGCUGUCUGAAGUAGUUCUAGAAGUACUAUGGACAUAAUUUUGAGUGUGUGUGUGUGUGUGUGUGUGUGCGCGCGCGCGUGUGUGUAUGUGGGCACAGCUGGCUAAAUGCAAAGACAGGUCAAGGCCAUAGCUGGAGGGGUGGGAACAGGUCAGAGACCUGUACAACUGCUGAGAUCCCAUCAACCGUGUAGCUAAUGCCUGCCUGGAGAGCAUCAACGCGCAUCUCGUUCCAUCACUUACGCAUACAAUCUUGUCUCUGCCAUUUCAUUCUGCUCAUAUGUGCAAGAUAGUGGGUGGUCACGCAGGUCCUACAGCUACAACCGAGGACAGAACGAGUGAGAACAAUAUAUAACAAUAUAUUGUGGUUUCUUUUCAAUAAAAAUCAGCACUGAUAUGAGGAUUUGACCGGCUUCAGGGUGUCGGUGUGUAAAACCUGCCUCGUCCUGCUUUAGAAGAUAAUAAAAGUGUGUUGUUGUUGUU